AAAUCAUCAUGCGUGCGGAAAAAUGCUACUUUCUGCACGCACAUGCGUAUUGAAAGUUCACGCUGGUAGAAAAAACACUUUACGCAUUUUUUUAGAUGGGGCCCUCUGUAGUGGUGUGUGUGUGCCUAAUAUAAGUGCUCUAGAUAAGAAAAGAAUUCUGAGUAUCAUUUCCCCUCGUAAGUUAAGUUAUGCAUCGAAGUAUCAUAUAAAUGAUGAAUCGCAAAACAAUCAACUUGUUAUUGUUUUUCUGACUCCGAGCGAUAAAGUGAUUGAAAAAUGAAGACGUAUUUCAUAAUCUUCGUUGCUACGUGUGUAUUGGUGGGCAAUUUGGUUGAAAUCGAAGCUUCUUGCGCUGAGCCAAAAUGCGAAGGCAUUCAAUGUGCACCUGUGAAAUGCACUCUUCCUGAGAAGGAGCAUAGAGAUCCUUGUCGGUGCUGCCCUUUUUGCGCGGAUAAUCCACCUGCCUAUUGGCUGCUAUCAAUUUUUUUAAAUAUCAUGAUGUACUAA